AUGCAACAGCAGUCGGACCGACAGCUGGAGCAGAUCCGGAAGCUCGAGGAACGCGAAAAGAACCUGUCCCUACAAUUGCAACACUUUGAGCGAGAGCUGGCUGCUCGACAGACUACGAUCGACACACUCAAGCGCAAGGCAGCCGAGAGCCUCCAGUCACUGCAAGACUUUAAGGAGAAGCAUGAGCGACAAAAGACCCGCGCAGACGAGACUCUGCGGCUCUUGAAGGACAAAACCGUGUCGAUGGAGAAGGACGCUGAUCAGCGGAAUCGACUGGCGGAGCAAGUCGAGGUUCUCAAGAAAAAGAGCGAGAUGCUCAUGGAAAAGCAGGAGAGCCAGACGGACGUGGCUCUGCGGAAGCAGCUUGAGGAUUACAAGCUUCUGCUCAAGUGCAGCUCCUGCAAUACCAACUUCAAGAGCCACACACUGCUCAAGUGUAUGCAUACGUUUUGUAAAGGGUGUAUCGAUGAUAUGUGUGCCUCUCGGCAGCGCAAGUGUCCAACGUGCGGGCUGACUUUUGCCCAUCAGGACAUUCGGGAAGUUUACUUGUAA